UACAACAGAGGUCUUGCAUAAUGAGUAAAAUAAGCAGCCUCGCCCAAAAGGUGACAAACGCCUUCAAGUCAGGUAGGACUCAGCCCUUAGAGUGGAGGAAGAGCCAGCUUACCGCGCUGCGAUCUCUACUGGUCGACAAUGAGACGAGGAUUCUAAACGCCGUUCAAGCAGACCUAGGAAAGUGCCAUGGCGAAGGAUGGUUGGUCGAGACUCAAACACCAAUCAAUUCUAUCGAUCAAUCACUUGCCAAAAUCGACAAGUGGGUGAAGCCCAGAGUUGUACAUACCGAUAUGAUGAACUUCCCAGCCAAAAGUAUGAUCUAUCCGGAGCCCUUAGGAACAGCUCUGAUCGUCGGCUGCUGGAAUUAUCCAAUUACGCUUAUCGCGGAUCCUUUGGUAGCGGCAAUUACAGCUGGUAACUCAGUGGUGAUCAAAACAGGAUCAGAGGAUCACGCCAAAGAGAGCAUGAAGGUCCUUGUAGAUCUCAUUCCCAAAUAUAUGGACCCUGAAGCUAUUGGCAUCGUUGAUGGCGGAUACGACGUCUUGCAGGAUUGUUUGAAGGAACGCUGGGACAUCGUGUUCGCUACUGGUUCACCUAAUUUGGGUCGAUUGGUGGCAGAACAUUGCGUUCCUCACCUGACAAAGGCUAUAUUGGAACUGGGUGGCAAGUCUCCGGUUUACGUAGGAAGAAAUGCAAAAUUAGACACUGCGGCGAAGCGAAUCGUUUGGGCCUCUCUUGGUAUCAACGCUGGUCAAACGUGCAUUCGCCCUGAUCACUUAUUCGUGGAUAAUACUGUUGCAGACGAGUUCAUCGAGCACAUGAAGAGAGAAGUUGUAGCUAUGUAUGGAGAAAACCCCAAAGAAAGCCCAGAAUACGGACGCAUUGCUAAGGUGAAGAGUUUCUAUAAUCGCUUGAUUGAUAUUCUACAGAAGGACAGCAAGUACAUUGUGCACGGCGGUGACUUCGACGCAUCUCAAUUCUACAUCCAGCCAACAAUAAUGGAUUUCGGCGAGGACUCAGUUGCUUACCAUAAAUCAGCUGCUAUGUCGGAUGAGAUUUUCGGCCCAAUUCUGCCCGUCCUGCGCGUGAGCAAUGCUGAUGAGGCAAUCGAAUCUAUCCUUACUCGUGAGAAGCCGCUAGCCCUGUACGCCUACACUAAUGAUGAGCACGUGCAGGAGAAAUUCAUGAAGGUAUCCGCCGGAACGCUUCAAUUCAACGACAGUAUCACUUUCAUGAUGAACCACGAUUUGCCAUUCGGAGGCGUGGGCAAUUCAGGCUGUGGCAAGUAUCACGGAGAAAAGGGAUUCGAAGAGUUCAGUCACAUGAAAUCUGUACUCGUGAACACGAACUUGAAUGACUUGCCCUCUCGAUUCGCCCCUCAGACGAGUAUGGACAUGACAAUUCUGGGAGCUGCGCACAGACAUAUGCCUGAAGCACUUGUGACUGCUGUAAACAACCUGCCUGCUAUCGGCGGCGUGGGUGUCGUAGCUGGUCUGGCUUACUACUGUAUGUAAGGCACUCAACAACACAACAAAAUUAUAAUGAGAAUUUGAAACGCCCAACGGCAAAGUUGAGAUCGUUGGGUAUGAAGGUGAAUUUAGAUAAAGUACAAACCCCACUUUUAAAGAAUUUUCAAAGAAUAAAAAGUAAGUCGAGAUCAACCAGUGAUUUCCUUGACUGACUCUAAUAGCACAUAUACCGUAUCUGAUAUUAUUAUUAGUAGUAUUACGGGGUACCCUGGUUAGCUGAGGUC